CAGGGAGAGUACACGGCAGUGCAGCUCUCUGACAGGAUUUAAAGUAUGUACUUUUAGGCAAGAUUAUUAUUAUUUUUUUACUUUUGGUUUUCCAAGACGGGGUCUGCAAACAGCUUGCCAUGGUUGUUUUGCCUUUAUUACUCUUCACACUUAUUCUGCAAAUUUCCUCAUUUGGUUAGCUAGCUUGAUCUUUCGGCCUGUCUCCGUUCACCGAUAUUUUGGCCUUCCUGACAGGUAUCUAAAUUGAAUUCGAUUCAAGGAACUAUCAUUGGAUUUACCUUGUAAGAAUGGAUUUUGUAAACGUUACCAACGAUUUCAGCCCAAUCACCACUCGCUUGACCAGCAGGUCCGACAGAAUCUCAGGGCUUUCCUCGCUGUCGCUGCCCGACAUGAUGGCCUCUCCUUUCAUCAAGAAGAAUCUCUUCUCUCCUGGACCCACAACUGUACUGUCUCCGGUCACUAAUCUGGCCCUAAACAUGAACAAUCUAGCUGGACUUGGGAGCCAACAGUGUGAUACUCCCAAGAGGAAACGUGUGCCCCUUCUGAAGAUUCCCUCCUUCGCCUCCGACUGCUCCUCGGAUGCUGGUCUUGGUAUGGAUUCCCCCAGCCCCAUGGAUCCCAUCCAUGUUGAGGAGACGUUUGAGAAGGCCAUUCUCCAGUCUGGAAGAGUUGUCAAUGAAAAAAUGCCAAUCCGAAGAAUCAACUCUCUGCCACUGCAGCUGCUGGACUUCAGCCCGGCUCUGAAGGGUCCGGUCCAAGAGAGCCAGGAUCAGCACUUCUACGGGGACUUUGAACGGCUCGGCCCAGCCAAGGAUGCAGCCACCUCCUCUGGGCACAGCGGUCACGGUGGACAGGGCAACAAGGAGAACCAGGAGGAGGGGUUUGAGUUUAAGAAGCCCACCAAGGCCAUGUCCCCCUGCCGUAUGAGGUCCUUCCAUAGUGGAGGAGGACAGAACAAGGACGAUGCCCGCUGGCCCAGCUCUGCCCCAGCACUCAUGCUAUCCUCGUCCCAACGCCUCAGCUCAUUGGACGACAGAAGCCCCGUGUUCCUGCAUCGCUGCACCCUUGACGAUGACGACGGUUUCCUUGACGUUCUGGAUGACUGUGAGCAGUGUGACAUGCCCGUGGGGAUGUCCAGCCUGCUGACCGCUCCGCUAGUGAGGGACGGCAACGCGGCAGGAGAUGACUCGCCGGUGGUUGGCUGUCGGCCGCGGGGUCUGUUCCGCUCGCCCUCCAUGCCCAGCCAGGUGGGCCGCGUCCCUCUGAAGCGCCCCCAGGACCAGAACACUCCGGUCAGGGUGAAGAGACAACGCAGCCUGGUGGAAACUCGUGCCACCACCAUGGACCAGGACGACCGCUCUCCCAGCAAGAUGGUGUGUUCCGAGCACCACAUCCAGCGCUCCAAAUCGUUCUGUAACCACACAGAGAUUGAGAAGCUGCUGGACAAGGAGCUGAUUGGAGAUUUCACCAAACCCUUUGUCCUGUCCACCGUGCAGGGAAAACACCAGGACCUCAAAUACAUCACUCCUGAGAUGAUGGUGUCAGCUCUGAGCGGUCAGCUGGACCAUCUUGUGGAGAGGAUCAUGGUGAUUGACUGUCGCUACCCGUAUGAGUUUGACGGGGGUCACAUCAAAGGAGCCCUGAACCUCCACCAGGAGGAACAGAUUGAGGAGUACCUCCUGCGCAGCCCCAUCGCCCCCCUCUCCCCCGACCGCAGGGUCCUCCUCGUCUUCCACUGUGAGUUCUCCUCCGAGCGGGGUCCCAGGAUGUGUCGCUUCGUACGCGAGAGGGACAGGACGAUGAACCAGUACCCUAACCUGCACUACCCAGAACUCUACAUCCUCAAGGGAGGCUACAAAGAGUUCUUCCAUCACUUCCAGAUGCAGUGUGAGCCCCAGGGGUACCGACCCAUGGACCACCAGGACUUUAAAGAGGACCUGAAGAAUUUCCGACUGAAGAGCAGGACCUGGGCCGGGGAGCGCAGCAAGAGAGAGCUGUACAGCAGGCUGAAGAAGCUAUGAUACCCCCCUACCAUACUGCCCCCCUAACCCCCUACCAUACUGCCCCCCUAACCCCCUACCAUA